UGCUGCUUUUCUCUCUCUAGAGCUUGUACACUCUCUCUCUAGGGCCUCCGGCAUCUUCUUUCUUUGUACUCUCUCUCUCUCUCUCUCUCAUGGCAUCUGCUCUUCUUUCUCGCCCUCCUAUCACUCGAAAAAAGUGGUUUGCGUCUUCUUCAUUACCGAAGAGGCCACACCUCUCACCACUCUCUGUUUCCUUCAACCCAACUGGAAAUUUCGACCUCUCCUAUAAUACUGAUCAAGAUGCAUCUCAAGUUGGACCUCCGUUACCGCCAACAGAUGGACGGCUUGAGAUAGUACUUGACAACGAUAUCCUUCGGCGCCUUGACUUAUCACCUGUUUGUUCACUUAUGGGAGAAAGCACUCAAGCAAUUGAUCCAAAAGAGCUUCUUCAGAGGACUGUCGGAUUCACCAUAAACUAUGAAAGGGAGGAUUCAAGUGAUCCACGUGAACUAUCUGAGUUUCCUGAAAUCAGGCUGUGGUUUGUGAGGCUCGAUGCAUCACUUCCUUGGUUGCCCGUUGUGUUGGACUGGAGAGCUGGAGAACUUGCUCGAUAUACUGCAAUGCUCGUCCCUCAUCAGAUGAGUUUAAGAUUAGGUGUUGUGUUCAACCCAGAGGCAUUGGAGUUAUUUGUAAUGAAAAAGGUCUUUAUUGUUUACUCUUGGUUGAAGCACCACAAUAUUCCCAAACCUAAAUUGAAGACGAGCGAUAUGGCACGCAUGCUUGGAUUCGGGAUUGGAGACGAACUCUAUGACUUAAUUGAUUCCAACCCUGCCCUACCAUCAUGAACGAAAACAAUGGCAUAGGAAGUUGCAAUAUUAUAUUAGUCCAAGAUUUUGAAGUGCAUCGGAGUCAUACUCAAACCAAGGUUGCAGUUUCAAACCCCAUACUCUCACCAUUUGCAACAAAAAAUGAAUUCGGGGGAAACAGAGAAGGUUUUGAUGCAUAUUGUAUCAUAAUGGCACAUGAAUAUAUGGUCUGAGGAAAUAGCAGAUGAUCCAUCAAGGGUAGAUGUAUUCUUCAAACUGCAUGCUUACUUUGGCACAGUGAUGCAUUGUUUGAGAGAAGAACAAGUGACAAUGUGCUGUUGGGUGCGGGUGUUUUCUCAACUAGGAAGCAUUGUAGCAUCUUAGUGGUUCUUGAGAAAGAUGGAUUUGCCUUAGAGUUACAAAUACUUCAUUGAGCUAAACAAGAACAGUCCAGGAGCACUUUAUGGCCUCAGUUUACAUUUUUGUUUCUGGUAUGUAAGUAAAAUGAAUCUUUUGUAUUGGCUAAAAGCAUGUGGUUUUCAUCUAUA